AUGUUGUUUAAUUUGUACGGCUAUGUUGAGGCAAGUCUCAAAUACAUACUGGUCUUCAAAAAUGAACAAGAUAAAGAUUUUUUGAUCUUCGAAAACCCGGCAGAUAUAGGAAUGUCUGGCCUGUUGAAUGCACAUGAAAGAGAUAAAAUGAUGCAAUCAUUACCGCAUGAGAUCAGAAGCACAUGUUUUCUUGGUAGAGAUACGGUCAAUAAAAGCUUUGACUACGAUGAUAGUACCUAUCAUAGUCACAUUGCUGGUAUCAAGAGGAUCAGCUAUGGGACAUACCAUGAUGUGAUUAAAGAAAACCCAGACAUCAAAUUUGUAGUUAUUAAUGUACCAAUAUCCAUUUUAUUGUAUCAAAAAAUCAUGAAAUUGUCGCAAAAUAGUAGUUUUGACAAAGAUGUACCUACCUUUGAUACAGAUGAAAUUUGUGCACUCGUGAAGUAUUUAUCAUUAUUUGAUGAAUACGGGAGAGGAGCGAUUGCGUGUGCAGUGUGCAUGCAUUUGUUGAAUAAUCCCGAGCUGCUCCAGGAAAUGAAAAACUACAAUCACGAUCCUAAUAACGGCCAGUAUAACGAGUCAACUAUGCUUCUCUCCAAAUAUAUAUUUGGAUCAAGCGACAUUGCGACACAACUUAGAAAAUCGAUCAAGUCAUAUGUUAUACUUGCCUUGAAGGAUAAAGAUAAAAAUCGGGCAAGCAUAAGUGGAAAAUCGAAAUUUUAUGGUUACCAUUAUCGAACCGUUAAUUCACACAAGUUUACAUUAGCCUUCUUGUUUUAUAAGCUAGACAUGAAUUACAAAUGGUUGCUGAAUAACAAGGAGAUUUUAGAUAGUGAAUUUAAUGUUAGUAAUAGUGAUUCGCCAUAUACUGUAAGUAUAUACGGCUUAAAAUCACAUGGAGAUCUCGAAAAUGAGACACUUAAGCGUACUCUAGAGGCAGUUACAACCAGCAAAUUUCUUACAGGAACAAAUGUGGAUAGCUUAACUUUGGAAUUUAACAGUAUCCACACUAAUGUUGAUUUAUCAUGUCUUAAUAACAUAAAAGCUCCAAUAACUGUAGUAUGCAAUCGUUGUUCGCUCAAUUUUAUACAAUCAAUACCAGAACAUGUUAAAGUUGCUGUUUAUACCGAAGAAAACAUACCGAAUGAUGCAUUCAAUAACAUUUUUAAAAAUGUUGUGAAAUUUGAAUUUCUAUCAUUGGAGAUCCGUGAAAAUAUAGUGUUUCCUGAUCACGUAGAAAGUAUUGAAAUUGAUAACUGUAAUGUUAAUAAAGACGUGACACUGAUGAUUAACGGAAAAUGUGAGUAUGUUGAAAUAUAUAACACCCCAGUUAAGAUUGUACUACCAUGUGUUAUGGGAUCAGGUAUAAUGUUGAGACACUUAUGCUUUGAAUACAAUGUGGAUAAAGAACAAAAAUCACUAAAGUUACAGGUAGCCGACAUUAAUAGUACAGUAACAAUCGAUGCAACCAUAGAUGCUGUAAGAUUUGAAGAUGUAAACGUGUCUGCAGGAUCAUGUGUUAUAUUUAGUGAAGAGAACAAGAAUUUGAAAAUAUUACAUUCAACUGGUAUGUUUAAUCUGAAACAGUUUAUAGGGAUUGAACAGUGUUUUAAUAAGGGAAUGCGAAUGGAAGUAGCUCCUAUAAUCCAUUCUACACAUAACCUAUCAAAAAUAGCGUUAUAUGAUUUUCGGUUUGUGAAAAGAGUAGAACUACCGAAUAAAUACGAAGAGAUUGAAUUAGACCAUGUACUUACGGAUGAGAACGUAGAGAUAGUGCUGAACAAAGCUUGCAGAAAACUCGUAAUUCGUGGAUGUAGAGUUGUGAUCAAUGCACAAAAUGUUGAUGAGCUUGAUAGCUUAUGCAUACAAUUUUCUGCACUUGAAAAAGAUAACAUUGUGUUUGUUGGCCUGAAACGAGUCAACCACAUUUCUCUUAUUGAUAUCUGUCACAGUAUGGAUGUAAUCACAACCAUUCUAGCUGGUCUUGAAGGAGUAAAGCACCUGGAAUUCGAAAGUAAAUACCCUAAGAAGAUGAGUAAAGUAUUUGAAGAAUACAACAAAGAAUCGUUAAUGAACAUCGUAUCGACCGAGAAUUACAUAAAUGAUCUGAAUUUUGAACUUAGAUAUUCAGCAAUCAAGGACAAAGAACCGGUCUUAUUCCUCUUCGAGAUGUCGAAUAUCGUGGUAAAUCUUAUUCUCAAAGCAGUGUUGAGCGAAAAAGUGAUGAAUACUGUUUCGAAGCUAGAGUUCACGUCUGUUGUUAUCGAUGCUGAUAAUUGCAAAUCACUUGGAAAGUUGUCAAACCUCGAAAUUCUUCGAAUAUGCCCCGAAAUCAUCACCAACGAAUUUUUUUAUAACCUGCCGAUGAAUCUCAAGCUACUGAACAUUACUGACUUGGAUACGAUGGAUAGAAGUCUGAUGACUGAACACGAAAUCAAUCCGUUGAAUCUUGCUCGACCGAAUAUAAGUCUGAAAGUUUUGGUGAUUGAUGCACAGUUCCUAUAUGAUUUUAACAGCAUUUUAUUAUUGAUACCAUCUCUCGAAGUACUCAAAAUACGGUAUUCAGAACCGAUCAAGAUCAAUUCGCAAGCACAGAGAGAUAAGAUACGAUUACAUGAACUAUUCAUUGAGUGCAGUUAUUCUCAAAUUAACGAAUAUAAAACAUCGAGUACUAAAUCCGAAAUCCAUUGUUUUAUACAAAGCCUUGCACUUUACAUUGAUUUUACAUUGCUUGAACGUCUUGGGCUUGUUUCAAUCAGUCGACCGGUGUUCAUCAACGCUGCGACUCUUAUGGUUAUUGAAUAAAACUUUUGGUGC